AGGCUAAGAUGAAAUCUGUCCUGAUGACGUUGCUAGUAUUGUUUUCUGUUUCUCAAGGUGUUUGCGAGAGCGGACGUUUCACAACAAAAGAGCCAAUGCGACGUCAACAUCCACGAACUGGUAGCAAGGCAGUACGUAAUCUAGUGUUUGCUAGCAAAUUAUGGAUGACAGCCGAUCAGUCGAAAAGAAUUACUGAUUUACAAGAUAAAGGUGAUGAUGAAGCAGUUGUGGAGCAAUUGACGGGGAUAUACAGAGGUUUGGACGAUCGAACUCGAGCUUCAUUACGUGUGCAAUCGACAUGCCGAGCGAUACUUGCCGAAGAGGUGGGGCAACAUGCUGUGGACGAGUUAAUAGCAUUGAAAACUAAAGUGGCACCAUCAUCGGAUUUUGUUGAAAAGCUUAAUUCCUUGUUUGGCUUGGUGAAGAAAACUGAUGUUGCAGUAAUUCAACCACUAUGCGCAGCCGCCUAUGAGGAUUCCCACGUUCCAACAGCAAAUGAUCCUCCAAGGUUGAGGAGAAACGGUCAAGUCGUUGCGGCAGCAUAAUACGUGUAGAUUGCUAUUUGUAUCAAAUGUUUUAAUUGUGCUGAAUAAAUAUG